AUGGAAUCCUUUCCGCCAAUCAAGUGCAUCCCUAAGGGCGAGUCGAGCCCCGCGAAUCCGAGCAGUGCAUCGUUCCUCACACUGCCGGCCGAAAUCCGCAACCACGUAUACAAUCUUAUUUUCGAAAAGCAAGAGCCCAUCAUCAUAAUGGGGGCGUACUACCUGCCAGUCUUCUUGACAUGUCGAAAGGUCUACCACGAGGCGGCCUCUACCUUAUACACGAAUAAUUCGUUCGUGAUAACGAGGACAGACAUCGAGAAGUGCUGGUACGGCCACACCAGGGUUGAGCAGGCCAUUGUUGCCGGGAUAUGGAUGCAACAACUCCGAUCACAGAUCUUCAUGCUGCCUAGAAUCACUAUCGGCUUGGAUAAGAUCUGCACCCCUAGCUGUGAUACGACUCUUCUUCGCUUCGAUGAAUGGGAUUUUGAUUUGAGGACAGCCAUGGAUAUCUUUCCUUUGAUUAAGAUUCUGUGGACAAAUCCGGACCUUAAGAUUGACGUCUCCAUUGUUCACCCAAAGGGAGAGGCACACUGUAGAUACCACCAUUCUCGGUAUCAAGAGACUGACAUUCGGGUUGAUGCAUUAAUGGCCGUUUUGGAGGCCUUUCGGCGGGAUCGCUUGGACGUCAAGAAGUAUUGGCGGUCCAUUGACGAGAUUCUGGUUCACCGCGAUGGCUCCGGAGGUUCCGUGAUUUAUAAGAGCGCAAUACGGUACAAGAAGACCAGGGCCGUCAAGCGUAACUACACGGCUUAUGCUGCUGGAAACGGAGUGGCAUUGUCGUUUGAGCUAGCCGACAAGGGGCAAUUACUAACUCCCUAUCCUAUUCAGAAAGUCAUUUACGACAUGGUACUCUACGGUCCUCAUCGGGAAAACUGGGUGUGUUUCGACUUGGAUCAAAAGGUCUGUCACGGAGCAGAUCCGCGGCUCCUAGGUGUGUGCUCCACUCAUCGGCAUCUCUCAUACAGCUUCUGGACUGAGAAUUGGGUUAAAGUCAAAAUGACGACUCAACAGACCAGCACGAAUUUCGCAAAUUUCGAGGCACUAGAGAAAUGGUGGUGCGUUCAGCGUUCGAACAGGGAAGGUCGGAGAGGGACAGUUGCAAGGGGUGAGCUCAAGCUGGAGCUUCAAUUCGACGUCGCAGAAGGCUUGACGCUACGUCAGCUGCGUGUCGGUAUCAUCGAUCUUCUGAGGGUCACUGCUCACCUGGAUAGCCACACGCGAGGGUACUGCCGUGUGCAUCUUACGUUCUCUCUCACAAAGGCGGGGCAGGAGGGAGAAGCUAGCAGCGAACACGAUGUCGUUUGGAGAAUUCCGCACCCGAGUCCUCGUAGCCCUGAUAGCAUUCAAGCGAAAGCACCCAGGCCAAGUGAACGAACAAUGUCCAGCGGUCUGGAUGAAUGGGCUCGGCGAGGUGGUCGGUGUGCAUGCGCGAGGGCUGAGUGCGUCCGCGGUAUCAUGAUGCAAUACUCUCCUUACUCAAAGAACGAAUACAGAAUCAGGAAGGAGUAUAUCGUGGGAGGCCUCGAGGGACGCACCGAGCUCGAGGAGGAGGAGGAGGAGGACGACGACGACAACCAUAACGACAAGGUGAGGGAUUGGAGCCUCCAUCACGACUACUGGGAUGAUCCUGUCCCUGUUUCUCGGUACUAUGACGGUACGCUAAGCCUAUACAUCGCUUACCUGCGACGCGUGGUGGGUGCGUCUGCCUGCUCGGAUUAUUGGGCAAAGAAGUGCAAGUAACCUGGUGCACUGAUGGUAAGAGGCUUAAGGAGCUAAUUGAUGUCCAGACUUCGUGCUGCCAAAUGAAUAGUUGGGGUCUUUAGCCGACUGCUGCGACUCGGUUGGGAACGCAUUCCUCGAUAUUUGGACAUACGCAGGCUCUGAAUGUCUGACAAUGAGCACACAUAAGGAGCUUUGGGAGUUUGCUACAUAUGACCAUCAGUAUCGUCAUCUAAAUGACAAGAACGCAAUAGGAGAUAAAUACUUGUGAUCGCGGAAUAGUAGGGUGAUGGAUGGAACGAAUCAUGGCAGAAUAAGACUGCGCGGAGCCGAGCGGAAAUUAGGACACUCCAAGACUAUUAUGGACAAUGAGACUGCCAUUGCCCGAAUUUUGAUGCACAGGCGGA